GCGCAGUGACAGAUCAGGUAGUCUGAAUGUCGUUCUCUGAUGUACAUGACGUGCAAGAAAAGUGGCUUAUUUAACCAUGGAGCAGCGCUUAAUAUCUCUUUAACAUUGCUCUUAUAGAAACUGUUGGAUUCCCAUUCAUCCUUUAGUGCUGCUUUGGCAAGCAUCUAUUUAAAAGCGUCUUGAAUAAUUCCAAGAAAAUGACAGAUCUUUCUGGCACGGAGUUUGAGAUCGACGUCGAGGGCCUGGAAACCGAGAGCAAUGACCAAGUGGUGUUCAACACCAUGAGCGCCGGAGAGCACGACGCGGGUACCAAAGACAACGACAAACCCUCCCGCGUAAACCUCGGCUGUGGAUUCCAGCGGAAACUGAGCCGCACUCCCAAGUGCGCCCGGUGCAGGAACCACGGCGUUGUAUCCUGUCUCAAGGGACACAAGAGAUUCUGCCGAUGGAAAGAUUGCCAGUGCGCAAACUGCCUGCUGGUCGUGGAGAGACAGCGCGUAAUGGCUGCGCAAGUGGCACUGCGAAGACAGCAAGCGACAGAGGACAAGAAGGGUAUAUCAGGAAAGCAAAUACCAGUGGAAAGACGAAGUAUCUAUCAGAGACACAUGCGUCCAUCUACCAUGCUGUCUAGAAGUAUUUUAGAAGGAUAUCGUCCGGUGCAGACUGACCCAUUCCUAGGUGUCAGUCCUGCUCUGCCCCCUCUGAGCGACCGCAUGAGGAAGAGACGAGCUUUUGCCGACAAGGAGCUAGAGACCAUCAUGCUGGAACGGGAGUAUAAAGAACGGGAGCUUCUCGAGUCCAACCAGUCAGCCUCUGCCUCGCUCUUCCACCCAGGCAGCAUGGUCCAUGCUGCUGAGUACAAUUCCUACAAGACAGCGUUCUCUUCCUCCUCUGCCCCUUCUGCAGUUGAACCUUCUUCCUCGGAUCUCUGCGGCUUCCUGCCAGGCUGUCUCGACCUCUCCCUCCAGUAUGCGACCUCAGGUGGGAUGAAAGCAAACGUGGAGCUCAUCUCCUCCAACGUGAGCGUAGCGACCACCUAUCGCCAGUACCCGCACUCACCUCGCUUUGUGAUGUGGCCACGGGGCAGCAACAGUAUUGGUGAUGCCCUAUUGUACCAGCAGUGCCUCCUAAAUGCCACCGCAGUCCAGAACUUGAAACCUGGAGCUGUUUGGGAUCCAAAGAUGAUGACCUUUACUGAGAGUCACUCGGCUGAGCAAGAGGUGGCAGCAUCCAGGCUUGAGGGCUCUCGAGUGGCUCCAGAGCCAUCUGACCAACAGUCAGGGCAUGGGGAGGCUCAGACAGGACUUAGCCAGAACGGAAGUUCCCGUUCUGCCUUCUCACCUCUUAAGAGGGUCUUUGGAAAAGCUUUUGCAAAUGUGCCUCCACAUCCAGGGAGCCAUGAGCAUGUGCUGAACAACAUGAGCAAAGACACUGCCAAGCAUGCACUGUCUAUGAAGCUCAACUCCUUCCAUUCUCUCAUACAGCAGACACUAAAUGACAAAAAUCCAGAAAUGAGUGGGCAAUAUUGUAAGGAACUUCUGGAGGAAGCAGCAAAAAAUUUCAGGGAGGGUGCAGCCAAAGACACAGUCGGAUUCAAAAACUCUGAAAGAGUGGUAAAGGACUUUGUAGCAAAGCCACGGAGCACCAAGGUUUCCACAGGAGAGUCUUUAUCGUUCUCAGUGGAGGCCAUAUUAAAAAGACCUUCUCUUUCUUUAAAUCCGACUUCCCAGUAAGACUUUUUGUUAAAGAAUCUCAAAUGUACAUACUAACUUGGGUACUGUUUUUAUAUUUAUUUACACACAUUUGUGAAAAUUAUUAAAGUUGGCAGUGAUCAGUAAAUUACAGACAAUAUAGUUUAAUCAUAUUAGUAAAAUAGGCAGCAUCUAAAACAAUCUGUGCUGCUAUUUUGACACUAUAUAUGUGUGUGUGUGUGUGUGUGUGUACAUACUCCAUAUACAAAAUGCAUGUUGUAUAUUAUAAUGCACCAUAAUAUGUAGAGUAUUUAAAUGUAGAUGUUAAUUUUGUUACUUUCAAAAGCGUGAAUAAAAUAUUUUUUUA